AUGUCCUCAAAGAAAAAAAUUAAGAAGAGUUCUACAAAUAAAUUAAAUGAGUACAAAGCCAGCUCCCAUUCUCGAAGGAAUUUGCUUCCUCCUGACGAGCCAGACGUUUCAAGGAUUUUGAAGGUUGCGGAAACUGAGGAACUUGAGGAGCCUGUUGAUUCAUUUGAUCACCCUUUGCACAGUACUGCUGUGGAUGCUUAUGGAGAAGAGUAUUCAGAGAAUGAAUCAGUUAAUGAUUUGUCAGAUCUACAGAAGAAAAGUACAGAAAAAAGUAAAAGAAGGCAUCACUUGAAAAUGUCUGAAGAUAAGGUUUCCAAGCUCCAGACAGGUGAUUCUGACGAUGAGCCCCUUAAGGAGAAUAUGAAGGCUCAGAGGACUACUGAAUUUCCAGAAGAAAAGAAGCAUUGUCCUUCAGGGAAGAGUGCAUUAGAUACUUCUGCUGAUGAUAGUCCAGGUUCUAUACGAGUUUGGUGUCCCAAAGGGGUGAAGAGACUUCCUAACGAUAUUACAGAACUGGAUGUUUGUCUUGCUGAAUUUGAGAAGAUAGCAGCAGAUUACAAACAAAGAGUAGACUCCAGUACUUGCAGAAAAGCUAUUGAUGGCUUCUGUUCUGGUUUCAAGGAGCAAAUCAUUGAUCUUAUAACAGAAGUUCAGAAAUUAAAGAAUGUGAAGAGAAAAAAUGCUAAGGUAAUAACAAACAUCAAAAAGAAAAGGCAGCAACUGUUUCAAGUCAACGAAGAGUUAAUGGGAACUGAAGAGCAACUGAAACGGCUGCAGAAAGAAUAUGCUCAGUUACAGGAGAGGAAGUCUUCCCUGAGGCAUGCAACUCAAUUCCUUAUUGAUUUAAAGGAACUACAGCAAGAAUGCUUGGAUUACAGAGAAGAAAACCCUGAAGAAAAAGUUGCAUAUGGAACUUCCAGCCUCCCCGCUCUUCUUGUGGAAUCGAGGAGAAUUCUAGGUGCGGAAAGACACUUUAAGAAUAUUAAUACAAGGCUGCAAGAGGCACUGGAUGUACAGAGACAGAAGUUAUCCAAGAAACAUUAAGUGCUUUUUAAUGGACUUGCUGAAUUUAUUUGGAAACAAUUACUAAAAUGGACAGUGGUUGAAGUAUUUUUAAUCAUU